UUUCUGACUCUGUUUUCUCACACAGGAGGUGGACGCGGUGGACGUGGAGGGGGUGGUUUCGGUGGUGGUGACCGAAGGGGUGGCCGGGAUGAUAGCCGUGGUGGUGGAGGUGGAGCAGGGGGAGGAAACCAGGGCAAAUUAGAGGCUCGUGCUGGAGACUGGGACUGCUCGUCGUGUGGAAACAUGAAUUUUGCCAGGAGGGAUACUUGCAACAGAUGCCAGACCCCACGAUCUGGUGACGGUGGUGAUGGUGGUGGUGGUGGUGGAUAUGGAGGAAGAAGUGGUGGCGGAGGAGGAGGUAGAGGAGGCUGGGGUGGAGGUAGAGGAGGUGGUGGCCGCGGUGGAGGACGUGGCGACAGAAGAGGAGGGCCAGGUGGGCGUGGUGGUGGUGGACGAGGUGGCUACGACAGACAAGGCAUGAGACAGGAGCGAAGAGAUCGCCCGUACUGAUGAGCCUCUUAGUUCACUUAGAUCCAAAGCAAACCACAUAGAUUGAAACCCUUAUUUCAUCUUACGUUAUCGAAUAAGAAUGUUUUCCAGAGCAAAACAUUGCAUUGACUGUUAAGCUUAUAAAUUAUUUGUUUUUCCUGUAUUGUAAAAUUUUAUCAUCAAAAUAAAAGUUUGUGUUCUGUCA